AUGGCGCUGCUGCGCGUGCGCCACUGCCGCGCUCUGCUGUACUGCCGGCGCGCGCCGCCGCGCUGCCCCGCGUGCGGCGAGGACCUGCGCCGCGCCGGGCUGGCCGCCGCGCCUGUCCGCCUGCGCUGCCCCUUCCGGCACGGCCACGGGCAGCCCCACGCCUUCCUCAUCAGGCCCAGCCACGGCACCUUCCUGGACGGCUACGACGGGCACAGCGACCUCCACGUGGGAAUCACCAAUUCCCAGGGUGUGGUGUACAACUACGACCAGGAGGGUGUGCACAGGGCUGGCAGUGGCUGGGAGCAGUGCAUCUGCAUCCCCCUGGUGCAGCCAGACAUGUGGGAGCUCCUGCAGCUCUGGGACAACCUCCUGGAGGAAUUCUCCUGGGAAGAGGCCUGGCUCCCUCACAGGUACGACGAGCAGCAGCACAACUGUUUCACCUUCGCCCUGGCGUUCGUGAACCGUGUGCGGCAGGGCCGGGGCCGGGAGCCCCUGAGCAAAGCCCAGUUCACAGAGAGCUUCCUGCUCCCCCACACCAGGGAGGCCUCCCGGUACCUCACCCUGCACCAGCAGCUGGCUCACACAGACGUCUACAUCGUGCCCUUGGCUGAGCAGGAGCAGGACAGCGUGGCUGCAAACCACGGCUUGCUGGAGUAGCAGUGGGGAAGGAAGGGCUGAGGCUCCACAGCUCAGGAUUUAGGGUUUAAUGUAGGCAAAAACACCAUUAACUUCAGCCUGCACCUCGGGGAGGGAUCAGGAUACUGAGCUCGUGCCUUCCAGUGAAGUAACACACACACCGUGGACACAUGGCACAGAAUUCCCAUGGGAACUAUGCAAAAAUGUUUUCUGAUUUAGCAUUCCCUGUGUGCUCUGUUCUGCAAAGACACUUCACCCCAGAGAUCAGAACUGCUGUGGAAUUCAGGGCUUUACAAAUGGACUCUGGCAACUUCAGCUGUAGCAAACCAAAAUGGCCUUUUCCUGUCACACUUGUUUACUGAGUGAAGAAAAGGGAACAUGUGUCCCAAAUCCCUGUCUGACUGUUCAUCUCCUUUCCUUUAAUUACUAAUAAAUACACCAACAAAUACAUCCA